AUGGCGGACACUGACAACUCAGGAAUGGAAGACUCCUACUACACUCGAUACUGUGAUCUGAUAUGGAAAAACAAAUACCCCAUGUAUGUGACGAUAGUGAUGAUGUCACUACUAGCGUCGAAUCAAAUUAGCAGGUAUGUUAUAAUUGCCACGAAUGUGCAAAUGGCGAAUGAUAUUCGUUUCGGUGACAUAGAAUGCCGUUCAAUCGACCGAAGUAUUCCGAGAAAACACGACGUUUGUCGAAAGAAUUUAACUUUAUGCCAGUAUCCGCCUCACGUAACUAGCUGUAGGAACCAUUACACUGGCACUGGAAUGGCUUAUCAGCUUCUGUCUGGCCCUCUUUUCAACAUUAUCUUUGGUUUCACCGGUGUUCCAGUAGGCAUUAUGCUGGAAAGGAAAAAGAACAACCGUAAAAACGUCAUUUCAGCAUGUGCGAUGUUAUGGAGUGUUAUGCUGAUUUUAGGAGGGUUCGCGACGAGUUUCUGGGAGUUGGCCUUCACCAGACUGGGGGUCGCUAUGUUUGAGGCGUCGUUCACAGCAUUUGCAGUUAGUAUCAUCUCAAGUUAUUUCUCACCUAAUUUACGAGCAAUGGCGAUGAGUAUAUUUAUGUUGGGUGUACAUAUCGGUUUUAGUAUGGCGUUCAUAAUGAAGGUCUUUGCAGUGCAUGCUGGGUGGAGAUUGGCAUAUACCGUGACAGGAUUGCCAGGAAUUAUUCUUGGAAUUGUAACUUAUUGUACGGUGAGGGAACCAUCCAGAGAGUUACGACAAUUCACCGAUAAUAGUGGACCAACAACCGCGAUCAUGCAAACUAAACCGUCAAACAAUCAAAUUCUGUCGCCAGCGCCAUUUUGUAACAGCCUCUUCGCUGCUCUCCUCCUCGGCGGAGCGAUACGAUGUGGGGGCGGGCACACGUUUUAUUACAACAUUCAGAACUACAUUACUCACUACUACCAGGACUACCCCACUGAACAUUUCUUGAGUUGGAUACCAGUUAUUAGCGGGCUAUGUGGCUCCGUUGCCGGUGGAAUUAUAGCUGAUAGCAUCGCUACAGAAAGCUCGGAGGGAUAUACUGGAAGACUCAAAGUGAUACUGUUCUCGGUGUUAUCAACAAUUCCUUGUGCGUUGUUGGUUUUGACUCUACCGCCGCCAUGGUGUUUUAUCGUCCUCGUGCCUGGAUAUUUUUUAAAUGAAAUGUGGAGUGGAAUCAUAAUUACUGCAAUCGUGGAACAAGCCCCGCCAGGACGUCAAGCCUCCGCCAUGGCUGUAUACGUAAUGACACUAAACGUGAUUGGUGGAAACUUGUCGCUCUCUUUACCAAUUUUAAGAAAAAUGUACUCUUGGAGGAUAGCCAUGCUCAUUCUCUGGCCAGGGGCAUAUGUCUGUGCAGCGGCCAUGUUUGCAUGGUCGAUUACACUUGCCGGUAGAAGGACUAUUAGGACACCUGUGUUGAAUGCAUUAGAGAAUCUACAACUCGGGAAUGGGCGUGCUGAACGAAUCUACUAA